AUGCUGGCAGAUGAGGCAGAGUACUGGUGGGAGAACACUCGUCCACGUUUGGAGGGAGCAGGUGGUGCUAUUGUCCCAUCGGGGACUUUCAGACACACUUUUCUAGAGAAGUAUUUUCCAGAAGACGUGAAAAAUAGGAAAGAGAUGGAGUUCUUAGAGUCGAAAGAGGGGAGCAUGUCGGUGGCAGAGUAUGCAGCUAGGUUUGAGAACCUGGUAAGGUAUUUUCCUCAUUAUCAGGGGGAAGCUAGGGAGAGGUCUAAAUGUGUGAAGUUUAUCAAUGGCCUCCAACUAGAAGUGAAGAUGAUGGUGAAUUGUCAUGGUAUCCAUAACUUUGUACAACUGACCAACAUGUGUAGGAUCUUUGACAAUGCCGGUCAUGGGAAAGGGAAGAAGCUUGUGACUCACAGUCAUGCUAAGUUGUAUUCUGCCCCUCCUGAACAAUAUGGCAACCAUUUUGGGGGACAAAGGACCAGUGGAGGACUUCACCCAGCUGGUGGAAGUUCUAAGCUAGUUAACAAGAUGUCUCAGCCUGCUGGUAGAGGUAGUUGUGGUGGUGGUGCUUUUGCUAUUGUUUCUACACCACUCAGGUGUGGGAAGUGUGGCCGGCUUGGGCAUAUUGCUCGUGAGUGCACAAAUAGAAAGGUGGCUUGCUUUAACUUUCAAGGUAAGGGCCACCUCAGUACCAAUUGCCCACAUCUAAGGAUGGAGAAUAGGAGUGGAAGUUUGAAUAACCAAAGUGGACGAAUGAGGACCACGGGGAAAGUGUUUUCUCUUAGUGGUGUUGAUGUCGCACAGUCCGAUGAUCUCAUCCAAGUUGAGGCAUCUUUGAGGAAGGAUGCACAAGUAUACAUGAUUUUAGCUAGUAUGAGUGUCAAGACCAAAACCACUGUGAGUGAUAUACCCUUGGUGAGGGAGUUUCCAAAGGUGUUUGAGGAGGUGUCUGGAUUACCACCUGAGAGAGAGGUCGAGUUCUCCAUAGACCUGAUGCCCGGUACUGGACCUAUAUCCAUAGCACCUUAUAGGAUGUCCCCUGUAGAGUUGAGUGAACUUAAGAAAUAG